UAAAACGCGUUCAAGUAAUUAUAAGAAUAAACAGCCCUCAAAGCAAAACAGUUGUAAACACAAAAAAUUGUAAAUUGUUUGACAACAUGGUGGAGAACGUACCUGAGAUGCAUGACAAAGAAGUAAAUGAGGACAAAGACUUGAAAGAACUUGUCGAACAGCUUCGAAAGGAUCCAAUCUUUGACCACGCGCGCGAGUAUGUUGAUAUUGUUGAGGUCGCCAAACGGAUACGACUCGGUCUGGAAUACGCAUCGUUCAAAAUCAAGAAUGGAUGGGAGAAAUAUGACGUGGCAACCUGCGAGAUGUUAUUCGAGGAAAAGAUGCGCAUAAAUGCGAUCCCCAUUCCGAAGAUGAUGCAGAAAUUGAGGGGAGCAAUUCGGACUCAUGAUUUGGAUUUACAUCACGCGGGAUCCGGGAGUGGAUCAAUGUAUAAUUUGAGAACAAAUUCGAAGACGCCAAGUCCCACGGUGGCGCCCUUGGACAUCGUCUCGGCUGACCCUUUCCACCAGCGAUCAUCUUACCAGUCACCAUCCCCCUUUAGACUUUCCGGUCCGAAAGCCGCAGCUAUCUAUGAAUAUUUGGAUUCACUGGAAUUACCUUCGCAUGAUCAGCCUCUUUCGGAAUCUAUGUCAUCACAAUUUUUAAAUCAAAUUGAUGAUACAUCAUCAUUAAGAUCAAAUUUGACGAGGCGAUCGAAGAAAUUCCGCGAUCAUUUAUCUGAUCCGAAACGCAUACGUCGAUUGCGAAAGGCUAUGGAUGAGGAUGAAAAGUUUGGACCGAUUCCCGAAGAAUUGUCAUUCGAGAACCUAUCGUCGAACACCGAUAAGAUACAACAAAUUUCAAUGUUCAUCCCGGCGACAUCCAAGAUACCCGAGCCAAGUCGUAGGACCGGUUGCGUGAUGAGCCAGGCUCCCGUCAUUUCAGAGACUAUAUUAAGAGCUCUAGAGACGACGCCGAAAAAGAAGUCUAAGAAGAGAAAGUCGGCAACGAAGUUCACGAAAAAGGCAAAGUCAAAACGAACGAGGCGAAAUGAGCCAUCCACGGGUGAAGAGAUGGACAUAGGAGAUAUCUUUGGAAUGGCAAAUAGCAGUUUGUCCAAUCAAAAAGUCACGAUGUCGCCGAAUACAUUGUUCAACGAACUUUGGGCAACCGCGAGCACCGUGGUUCCUCAAAAGACGGCCAUAACAUCAAAAUCUCCCGGACAAUUGUUUAACGAACUUUGGGCCACUUCAAGUGGAGUCGAGCCAAAAAAUAAGAAAACCACAGGUCCAGAAUCGACGUUGGUGUCACCCGAUUCUUUUCUCGACGAUCUUUUACACUCUAGCGCAAAUUUUGAGGAAGAGAAACCGACUAAAGAUAUUAUCGCGGAAUCAACCCAAACACUUUCAAUGUCACCAGGGACCAUCUUUCGAACCGCGCUGGACGAUUGGGCAGCUGUUGACUCCACGUUUUCCGACACAAUACUCUCUCAUUUGCCACACCUUCCAUCUUCACCGUUGGCAUCAUCACCCCCGCGUACGCCGCCGAGGAGAACAUGCGUGCCUUCGAUCACCCCACUCAUUCCGCCUUCAACACGGCAAUUAUUGAACACCACCACCACCGACCUUGAGCCACCGAGAACUCCGCCGCAUAAAAUCCGUUCGUCGAUUGAUAUGACAACGCCGAAUUCGGCUUUUUCGUUAAGCGAAUUCAUAAAUAUGUCUCCCGAGAGGCCAACGCAGUCUAGUUUGGGCAGGUCAUUGAACGAGUCUCGGUGGACAUAA